AUGGCUACUGUUGAAGACCUCUACAUGACUUUUGGGUCGUUUUGCCAAUUCGGCUCGUCUCGCAAUCUCUCUGGUUCAAUGACGGAUAUUUCUGGUCCAACCAUGGAUGGUUCCAAGUGGGCCAAGUUCUGCCGUGACACUGGGAUCAUUGAUAAGCAUAUUACUACGACAGAUAUCGAUAUCUGGUUUAACAAGGUCAAGGCCAAGACCGUCCGUAAGAUUGAUUUUGAACAAUUUCAAGCCGCAUUGCAUUUGGUUGCAGCCAAGCGUUAUGGUUCAAGCAAACCUCCUACCGAAGCCUAUAAUCUGCUUGUAAGAAGCAUCCUCAAUAGCGGAGCCCGUCCUGUUGCAACAGGAACUAUUACAACCAGUGACUCGGUUACCCAGCGAUUAACCGACCACACACACUAUACUGGCACUCAUAAAAACCGGUUUGACGAAGCCGGCCAAGGAUUGGGUUUAGCAGGACGAGACACUCAUUCUAGAACCAAUGAACUUUCCAAGAUUGUGAACAGAAAGGAAGCAGAUAUUCGCGGUGUUCCUCUUGCUGCCUCGCCAAUAGGAUCACCGCGUGGAUCUGUUACUAUGUCCUAUUCACCAAAGUCAAAACGAGCCCAUGCUGCAGUGACUACCAUGUCUACUGAAGCGCUAGAUGCCGAGGCCAAUAGACCUAAAAAAGCAGUCACUUCACAAGCGCCUCGCACAGUAAAACCCAUUGUCAAGUCGUCUGAAACGCUUCUGAAUACCACUACCAAAAAGACUGUGGGUGCUAGCUCUGGAAAUGUUUUUGAUCGUUUGACCAAUACCAAGGGCUAUACUGGUACACAUAAGGAGCGUUUCCAUGGCAGCAGCAACAGUAUUCAUGGUUAG